GAGGCGGAAUGGGGGGUGGGGCGGGGAAGGAAGCCGGUGGCCUGAGGUUCCCGAACUCCGGUGGCUCCGGGAUCUGACUUGGCUCCUGCCUCUGACCUCGACCCCUUCCCACCUCGCGGCCUCAGUGUCCUCCUCUGUACGAUGAGCUUUCCAGAUAUGGAUCAAAAACUUUCUCAGUUAGUGGAAGAUCUCACCACAUCAGGAGAACCACAGCUGGAUCCUGAAAAAAUGAAGGAAGUGAAGAAAAUCUGCAAAUCUUCAGAGGAACAUAUCAGUCAUGCUUACCAUUUACUCAUGACUCAGUUGAAUCAAGAACAUGCUGAGAUACGGUUUUCAGCUUUUCAGAUUGUGGAUGAGCUCUUUACCAGGUCACAUCAAUUUCGGACACUAAUUAUUUCCAACUUCCAAGAAUUCCUGGAACUCACAGUGGAAACAGAUUAUGAGCAGCCUCUGCCACCCCCAAAAGAAGUAGCUCAGAAACUGAAGAAAGCUGCCCUCAAAUCUAUUACAGAAUGGAAUGAGAAAUAUGGAGAUGCCUACAAGAAGCUUUCUCUUGGAUAUCAUUUCUUAAAACAUAACAAAAAGGUGGAUUUUCAAGAUGCUGGUGCCAGGACUUUGGCUGAAAGAAAAAGGGAAGAGGAAAAGCAAAAAAGAUUAGACAGCAUCUACAAAGAAAGGGCCAAAAGAACAGAAAAAGAAAUGCAAGAAAUGUCUGAAGAAAUUGAAAUGUGCCUAACAGAGAUGGAGAAUUGCUUCAGGCUGUUAAUGCCCUUUGAUUUUACCGUGAGAGAUGUGGAAGUAGGAGCAGUGGCAGCUGGGGCUUCUAGGGCAGACAGAGCUGCCUCGUCGGUGGUCUUGAACAGUGCGGUUACAUGCCCAGCAUCUGGUUUGAGGCCUGAUGACCAGGAACAACCUUGUUGCAGCAAAGACUUACUUCCUCCUUCUUUUUGCCUGGAAGAGGUUGGAAACAGAGAUUGGCCAAUGAGGUUGAGACCUCCAGGGCCAAAGGAGGGGGAUCACAGGGAACAUGCAGAAGAUGAUUCUGAUGACGAUGAUGAUGACGAUGAUGAUGACGAUGACGACGAUGAUGAAGAUGAUGAUGAUGACUAUGAUGAUGAUGAUGAUGACGAUGAGGAUGAAGAUGAGGAUGAUGAGGAUGAGGAUGAUGAGGAUGAUGAUGAUGAUGAUGAUGAUGAUGGGGAAGACUUUAUAAGAAGCCAUGGUCUUGGCUCACAUAAGUACUCUCUGAACUUGGAAAUCCCCACAGAUUUGCAAGUGCACGAGAAUGAAGAUAACAGGGCUGUGGUCAACAGUGCCAUGGAUGGACUUAAGCUCAUUAAAAAUAAGUUCCUGCCCUCUGUUCAGUCGUGGAUUCAGCUGUUUACUCGAGCAGGGAUUCAUGAUGAACGUUUGAAACAUGCCAUUGAUCUUAAGAAGAAAUUAGAAAUGGCUGUUGGAAAAUAUAAGGAAAUGAAUAUUGAACCUGAAGGAAGAAAAAGGAAAAGGCGAGCCUUCGAUGCUGACUCAGAUGAAGAUGAAGAUGAAGUGGAUUUUGUGGAGGUCCCGGAGAAGGAAGGUUAUGAACCCCACAUUCCAGACCACCUGCGGAAGGAGUAUGGACUCGAGCCUCUGUCACAUCCAUCAGCUCCAAGUAAAGGAGUAAUGAAGUCAGGAGGUCUCAGCUCAGCUGCUAGACCAAAGCACAAUGAAGAAGAAUUGGACCCAACCUGUGCUGCAGCUACCCUAAGAGUGCUCCGGGACAGGCUCCCCAAGUUCUCUCCUCUGCCCAGCAGCAUAUCAGGAAGUACCCCAGCAGCUUCUGUGGGAGAAUCUGAUGACAGCAAGACAAGGAAGCUGGCAGAAGAACGAGCUAGAGCACCUGUGAUGCCCUUUGGGAUGGACCUUUACUACUGGGGGGAGGAACAGCCGACAGCAGGGAAGAUCCUUAAGUUUGGUUCCCAGCAUCGGUUCUGGAAGCCAAAUGAGACAGAAGAGGAAGUAGAGAGUACAGAAAUUGCUGAGAUGUUGAAGAGUCGCUACAUAACCUUUGCUGGCAAAUUUGAGCCUGUAAAGCACAAAUGUGGAGCCCCUAUGCCCAAUGGGAGCCUCUGUGAGAGGCAGGAUCGGCUGAAGUGCCCAUUCCAUGGGAAAAUCAUUCCCCGGGAUGAGUGUGGAAAUCCUAUCAAUCCAGAAGAUAGAGCCAGAGAGGAAAAGAAGAAAUUUGAGAAGCAGGCACAGAAUCCAGAAUGGCAAGACCCAGAGUUUAUGAAGGACGUUGAAGCAGCUACUGGAGUGGACCUUGGCUCUGCCAGGUAUAGUAAAAAAGGAAAAGAGGGGAAAAGCAAAGGAAAGAAAAGGAAAUAUCCAAAUCUGACUGACCUGAAGCAACAAGCCAACACAUCUCGGGCGAGGAUUGGGAAAAAGGUGUUUGACAAAGGAACAAUGAAACGGGUGAUAAAGGCCAUGAACCGUAUGGACCAGAAGAAGCACGAGAAGUUUGCCAACCAGUUUAACUAUGCAUUAAAUUAAAUUGUCUCCAAAUUGAUCCCUGGGAAGGUGACACCACCCUUGUGCGACUGGAAUCCACCAAGCCCUUCCCGUGGGCCCCGCUCCCAGCCUGGGCUCUGUUCUGCCUCUCCCAACUGGCAGAUCUCCUCGUUCCAUCUGUUAACUCUGAGAUUCGAUCAUGAAUGUGGCUUUUAGCAACAACACCGGGGCCAGACACAAAUGUAGGUAUUUAAUAUCAGCUGGGAACUACUUGGAUUUGACACUGAACAUAAUGAGUUUUAUGGACUGUCCUGUACAUAUUGUAAUGACCAUCCUGUGGGCUGAUGGAUGGACUCUCCCAGGCUUCAGGGCCUGGGCUGGGCCAUUGUUUUUCAUUGAGUGUGUGAAUAUCCUUCGAUGUCAGCCCUCAGCUGAAGCUCUUUAAAUCCUGCCCACCACAUUGGGUCCAGUCCCUGGUGCUAUCCCGUGCUUGGGAGAUGCCAGGCAUGGCCUGGAGAGGGACUGCCCGCUUCUAAAGGUGCACACUGAAAUCGAAUUAGACCCGAUGGCAACCUCCAUUCUGAGUUGGUGUUGGGGCUGGGGGGAGAAAUGAAUUUGUAUCAUAUUGUGCAGGACCACAUUUGUCACUGUGAUGUUCUUUGUAACUUUCCUGAGCCUUACAUGAAUUUUAAAUUAUUAUUUGUAAUAAUAAUUAUUAGUAUUAACUAUUAUAAUUAAUAAAAUUUUUGUUAACAUGAUUUUCUCAUUGUACAUAAUGCAUAGAAGCUCCUCUGAAGCAGUAUAGCAUUAUAGAAUAAGUCAUGGAAGGCUGGAGAAUUGGGUUCAAGACCAGCUCCACAAUUAACUUUGUGAUGUUGGAUAAGUUGUUUCCCUUCUGUGGGCUUCAGUCUCCUCAUCUGUCUAGUUCUGUCAUCCUGUGUGAGGAAAAUGCUCUAUAAACCUUCAAGUACCAGAGAAA